GUGAGGGAGGGAGGGGGGAGCGGGAUGGCCGGGAGGAGCCGGCGCUCCUGGCUCAGUGUGCUGCUGGGACUGGUGGUCGGGUUCACCCUCGCCUCCCGGCUCAUCCUGCCCCGGGCCAGCGAGUUCACCAAGGGCCACCGGCGCAAAGUCAGCAGCGUGUGCCCGCACACGGCCCGCAAGGACUCCGCAAGGGGCGGGGCGCUGGGCUGGCAGCCCCAGGCGGGCGGCCUGAGCUCGAAGCCGGGCGGCCGGGGGGAUGAGGGGGGCGGCGACGCGCUGGCAGUGGCGCCCCGGUCCACCCGCUUUCUCUACGUGGGGGUGAUGAGCGCUCAGAAGUACCUGGAGAACCGGGCGGUGGCGGCUCAUCAGACCUGGGCUCAGGACAUCCCGGGCACGGUGGAGUUCUUCUCCAGCGAGGGCUCCGACCCGUCCUUGCCCAUCCCCCUGAUCGCCCUGCCCGGGGUGGACGACUCGUACCCGCCGCAGAAGAAGUCCUUCAUGAUGCUCAAGUACAUGCACGACCACUACCUGGACAGGUACGAGUGGUUCAUGAGAGCCGACGACGACGUGUACAUCCGAAGCGACAAACUGGAGGCUUUCCUCCGGACGCUCAACAGCAGCCAACCGCUGUACCUGGGCCAGACCGGCCUCGGCACGUCGGACGAGCUGGGCAAACUGGCCCUGGAGCCCGGGGAGAACUUCUGCAUGGGAGGCCCCGGCGUCAUCAUGAGCCGGGAGGUGCUGCGCCGGAUGGUGCCGCACAUCGGCGAGUGCCUGCGGGAGAUGUACACCACCCACGAGGACGUGGAAGUGGGCAGAUGUGUGCGGAGGUUCGCAGGCGUUCAGUGCGUUUGGUCGUACGAGAUGCAGCAGCUGUUUUAUGAGAACUAUGAACAGAAUAAAAAAGGCUACAUCAAAGAUCUGCACAACAGCAAAAUCCACCGAGCAAUCACUCUGCACCCCAAUAAGAAUCCAGCAUAUCAAUAUAGGUUACACAGCUACAUGUUGAGCCGCAAGAUAGCAGAGCUCCGUCAUCGUACUGUUCAGCUUCACCGGGAGAUUGUACUGAUGAGCAGGUACAGCAACUCCGAGGUUCACAAAGAUGAUAUGCAAUUGGGAAUCCCUCCCUCGUUCAUGCGGUUUCAGCCGCAUCAGAGAGAAGAGGUACUCGAAUGGGAGUUUUUGACUGGAAAAUAUCUCUAUUCAGCAUUUGAUGGACAGCCUCCACGGAGAGGAAUGGACUCUUCCCAGAGAGAGGCUUUAGAUGACAUUAUCAUGCAGGUAAUGGAGAUGAUUAAUGCUAAUGCCAAGAGCAGGGGACGUGUCAUUGACUUCAAGGAAAUUCAGUACGGUUACCGAAGAGUCAACCCUAUGUAUGGUGCUGAAUAUGUUCUUGAUCUUCUGCUUCUCUACAAAAAACAUAAAGGCAAAAAAAUGACUGUUCCCGUGAGGAGGCAUGCAUACUUACAGCAAACCUUCAGCAAGAUCCAAUUUGCUGAGCAUGAAGAGAUCGAUGCCAAAGAUUUGGCCAACAAGAUUAAUAGUAACUCUGGGUCUUUAUCCUUCCUUUCCAACCCCCUCAAGAUAUUUGUUCCUUUCCAAUUUUCAAAUGCUAAUCUGGAACGCAAGGACCCCAAAGACAAGAAAAUCAACAUUUUGGUCCCGCUCUCUGGGCGCUUUGAAAUGUUUGCACGGUUCAUGGGGAACUUUGAAAGGACCUGCCUCGUUUCAAAUCAAAACGUUAAGCUGGUAAUUUUGCUCUUCAAUUCCGAUUCAAACCCAGACAAAACAAAGCAAGUAGAACUAAUGCGAGACUAUCGCGUCAAAUUUCCCAAAGCAGACCUACAGAUUCUGCCAGUGUCUGGAGAGUUUUCAAGGGCACUUGCUCUAGAAGUUGGAUCCUCCCAAUUCAGCAACGAUUCUCUACUUUUCUUUUGCGAUGUAGAUUUGAUUUUUACAGCUGAAUUUCUGCAACGCUGCAGAGACAACACUGUCCAAGGAGAACAAGUGUACUUUCCAAUUAUCUUUAGCCAAUAUGACCCAAAGAUUGUAUAUGCCGGGAAUGUUCCCAGUGACAACAAUUAUGCCUUCACUAUAAAGACAGGAUUCUGGAGGAACUAUGGAUUUGGGAUCACUUGUGUUUACAAAAGUGAUCUGUUGCGUUCAGGUGGGUUUGAUAUCUCUAUCCAAGGUUGGGGUAUGGAGGAUGUGGAUCUUUUCAACAAAGUGAUUCAAGCUGGUCUAAAACCAUUUAGGAGUCAAGAAAUCGGAGUAAUACACGUCCAUCAUCCCGUCUACUGUGAUCCUAACCUUGAAGCAAAACAGUACAAAAUGUGCUUGGGCUCCAAAGCUUCAACCUAUGGUUCCACACAGCAGCUGGCUGACCUGUGGCUUGAAAAAAAUAAAUCCAAUCUUGGUAACAGCAGCAAUAAGAGUUCAGAUAGGACAGCCUAAUGUCCAGCUAGGCUGGCAAACACUUUCUACUUUAAUUUAUUUUUUAUUUUUUUUAUAUAAUGCGGCAGUUGACUAAAACUACAGGAGGAUAGAUUUUGUAAAUAAAUGAUUGUUUUACAGAUGGGGUGGGGGGUGGGGGGAGAACAUUUUUGCUUUGAACAAAUAAUGUGACCAGUAUUUACAUCGAUGAUUUUGCUGGCUGCACUGACUGUGUAUUUCCUGCACUUUGGUGUUUGAAGAAGGUUGGAUGGAGAAGCCAAUGCACCAAGCAGAACAUGUCUGAUUUGACUCCUGAUGCUUGAGCUAGAGGACCAGACCCUAUGGGUCAGUGGUGGGAGACUUGACGAAUGGAACCAUAAAUGUGUACCUGCCGCUGCAGCUCCCUUGGAGUUGUUAAAUCUAACUUAUAAUGUGAAUAAAUGUUGGACUGAUAAGUUUUUCAUGCAAAAGAAAUGUACCUAUUUUAAACUAGCUGGAGCACCCCACACUGAAUUUUUAUACUAUUUUCAUUCCAUUCGCACUCGAUAGGUUUUGUGAUCUGUUGAGAGAAUGAACCAAUAUUCUGGUACAGUACUUUAAAUUGUCUUGUCUGUUAAUUUUUCUUUCCUUCGGUCAGUUUCAUAAUUUAUUGACAUUUAUUUUAACCCUUGCUCCAAAGUGUUGUCCAUGUCCAGUUGCUUAUUCACCACUUUUAUGCAUAUUUAGGAGGACUAUAUUGCCUUUGUGCGUGUGUUUUUUCUUAAACACAAUGUGCUUGUUCCCCAGCAUUAAUCCUUCCCACCUCCCCUCAUAGGUUUACACCUCUAAUGAUGUGCAAUCUCUUCUCUUGUGCCAACUUCCAACUAAAGCUGGUUAAUUUUAGGUGUAUGACAUUCUCUCCUUAUAUAUGUGCAGCAUUUUGUGCUAUUUUGCUUUUUGCAUUUUUUUUAAACCAAUAGGUGGUUAUUCUGACCUUAGGAAGGCACAUGAAACUGAGGACACAUUUUAUUUUUAAUUUCUCUUCUCUGCUUUUAAGUUUUGUUUUUUCUCUCUCACGCGCGGACCAAAAAAUCACCAGAAUAUGUUAUUCAAAUGUAAUUUAACUUCAACAGUUUAGCCCUAUAAAAUCCAUCUUAAACUUCUCUAGUACACUUUCUCUCACCUCUUAACCUUUGAGUUUGCUUAAGAAAAUGUAUAUCAUUCAGAUGAAAUCGGAUUUGAAAAUCUGCACCUAAUUAGCUUGCAAUCACUUUUCUUAGGCUUUUUUUUAAAUAGAGCUACAACCAAAAGAAAAGCAGUUACUGAAUAAUUUAUUAAGAAUUUUAAUAUCUCUUUAUAAUACUAUUGAUCUUUAAGUAAAAUAAGUUGUGAAAUGGAAACAAAGUACAAGUUUUCACUGCUCCUUCCCUUCGUAUAUGCUCAUCAUUUUCAUUUGCAGUGAAAGGUUCCUUACUGCAGCUUUAAGCAGCAGUUAUUGACUUUCAGUGUCUGCCUUUCAGGGAUAUGUGCCUGACCAGAAAACUCUGUAGUUCAUCACCAGGAAUAAAACGCUUCAAUCACAAACGAGAAAGUUUUACACAAACUAAUCUGCAUUUCUACACAGAUCAAAUGCUUCUUCACAUCUUAACCCAUUGUCCUCAACGCAUUUACUCUUGCCCACUUUCUCCCUCUUUUUUAAGUUCCUGCAAGUACUUUGCAUGGCUCCCUAGAUUUCCUUGGUACAUAAUGGUAGGAGGUUCUCUUUUAUUCUACCUAGGAAAUCUCAAGCUGUUGCUUAGUUUUUUAGCUAAAAUAAUAGGGAUUGCCAAACUAAAGAGCCAUUUGUUCUAGGUUUCAAUGCCAGCCAACCCUAACAAUACUAUCUUUCCUUCCUAAAAGCUGACCUUUAGGAUUUUGUAAAUUACGCUGCAUUUUGGAGACAGAACCUUUUCUGUUUUAUUUUGGAAGAAUCUAAUUAAUGUAGAGAACAGAACAAUCCCUGGUUUUAACUGUGCAGUAGGAGUCAUUUGCUGUACUUUUUUUGUUUUUGUAGGCUUCUCCUGUUUAUCACCCUCUUACAUCAUUCCCUAUGGAAGUCGUGUCACUUUCUUGUCAUUUCAAGUUUACAGAUUAGGUGGCGAGCACAAACCUUAGGCAUGGCAGCUUCUCACAUUUUUAAAUGAAGUCACUGUUUCAUCGAUUGAUGCACCUUAUUUGAGACUGGCAAGGAUUUUAAGGGAACCAAGCAUUUUUCGAAACAAAAUCUUACUCUGAACAGAUCAUUCCAAUAAAAGCCGUACACCUGAUCGUGAUUGUGAUUUUUAUGAAUUGCUCAUGUAGGCAUUGUUCCUUUUUUGUGUGUUAAAACUGUACAGUUUUAAAUUUGUUGUAUUGACUAUUUUCAGAAGGAAUAAUUGAUACACUUACCUUGGUGAAGGAGUGAAAAUCUCCCCCAAACUGCAAUUGAUGGACGCCAGCAUAACAUGUACAGAUGCUGUCUUGCAGGCUAGUUUUGAUCAACUAUGUUUUUAUAGUAUAGAAUAUGUUCCACAUUCAUUUUGCCUCAUUGUUUUGGGGGUGAAAUCAAAUGAUUUGACAAUUGUUAAACAUUCUAAAAUGGGAUGUGAUUUAUUAAUCUUUUUUUGUUAGUGAAUUUGUGUUUUUAACUAGUUCAGUUCAAGUCCCUUUUUCAAUGCAAAUCAGCAUGUAAAAUUUUUUAAAAUCCCCCUGUACUUGAUUAGUGUAUAUAAUGUUUUAAUAAAUAUUUGAAUACAA